UGCCUUGUCACCUGGCGGAACAGCAAUGGUCAUCGUAAGGCGGAGGGGUCAAUUCAAACGUGUCAACCAUGUUUCUAUCCGGUCCACGCACCCAACGUUGCCUAGGGGAACAGAGGCGCACCUUAUCAGGGAUGGCGUGGCGCCAACUUUCGCGUAGCGAUUUGGUGAACCUCAAGUAAUAUUCGCCGACUUUUCCAUGGAAUAUGCUUCGAUCUCAAAUGCUGUCGUCGUCGUCCGCCUCCUACGCGUAUCCCUUCUCCUCGUUCGGCCUCCGUCGAGGCUUUGCCGAGGAGGCUUAUUUCCCGUAUUUCUGUAGUUUGGAAGGUUCCGACUCAAGUUGGUUCCCAAUCUGGGUCGGAUUAAAGCUCGUCGCUCGUGAUUGAUCUCGAUUUUGUCCGGGUAGGGCUUAGAUUGCAUUGAGAGCGUUGUCUCCUGAGUUGGAUAGAAUUUGACAAGAUGAAUGCUGUGGGGAAGCUUGGAAGCUACAUCAGCCGCGGCGUCUACACAGUUUCCGGGCCUUUCCAUCCGUUUGGCGGGGCUGUCGACAUUAUUGUAGUCCAGCAACCGGAUGGGAGUUUUAAAUCUUCUCCAUGGUAUAUUCGUUUUGGAAAAUUUCAAGGAGUCUUGAAAACGAAGGAAAAGAUCGUCAGUAUUUCUGUCAAUGGAGUGGAAGCUGGAUUCCAUAUGUACUUGGAUCACAAGGGUGAAGCCCACUUCCUCAAGGAGUCAGACACCGAAGAAGGGGAGGUUGUCAUUUUGCCACAAACUUCGGGCGAUGAGACGGAGGAAAGAUUGGGGGACAUUGUAGAAGUGGAGUCUGCCGUUUUGCCGCAAACUUCAGGUAGUGAGAGGGAGGAAAGAUUGAAGAACACCGAAGGAGGGGAGGCUGCCACUUCAUCUCUAACUUCGGAAGGUGAGAAGGAGGAAAGAUUAGGGGACGCUCAGUUUAGGAAUAUUCAAAGCUGUAAGUAUGAUGGCAGCUUGAGUGAUUCGGUUGCUCGUAAUUGUGCUCAAAAUGGAAAGAUUCUGUCCAGGACGACUUCACGUAGGUCUAGCAUUCUUGGGCUUAUGUUUGGCCGAAAAUCGAUCAAAGAAAGUGAGUUAAAUGAGGUUGUUGGUCGGGUGAAUUCGUUGGAGCGAGCAGAAAUUGCUGCCAACCUAUUAGAAUUGAAGUGGUCAACCAAUCUCGUAGACAGUAAUGAUUCUCGGAAGAAGCCUACUGACAGGGAGGAUUUUUUUCCAAAGAAUUCAACGGGCGAGAAAGAAGAAAAGCAGCAAAUAUUUCCUUUAGAUUCUGCACAGGAUUGUGAUGGGAAGACGAAUUCCUCUGGUGGAUGUUUAGUUGAUAAUUUUGAAGCAAGCGUUGUUGGAAAAGAGUACUUUAAAGACAGAGCCAAUUGUGAUUCCGUGAAUUUGAGAGAAGAAGAUAUGACCAUUGAAAUGAACUCAUCUAGAAGGGAGGCAACUACAUUGAAAACUGUCUCUUUUAAUCAGGUAUCGCAGGAAUCAGCGGAUAACCCCACUGUUAGUUCAGGCACCACAUUGAGCACUGGUAAUUGUGAAUCACACUAUGACUCAGAUGGAAGUUUGGUGACAGAGGUGCUUUUUGAACAAAAAAAUACUUGUACUUCAGGGUUAAAUGGCCAUGUUGAGAACAGUUCAGCUGAGAGUAAUGAAUUAACCUCAAAUGCGUUGGGUGUAGAAGGCUGUGAAGUAAAUUUUUUAUCAGAGAAUUGGAACCUUAGGGAUGUUAGUUUUGAUGUCCGAAGACCCGUUGUUCCUGCAAGUUCUCAUGUCAUGGUGCAGAAAUUGAAAGAAACUUUUGAGGCUUCAGCAUUUUCUGUAUCCACUAAUGGAAGUGAAAAACAGGAAACAUGCGGUAAAACUUUGGAAGGCUCAACUACUAGUUAUGACAUAUCGAAAAUUUCUCCCAUGGGUGACAAAUUAAAAGAGGGUUCUGAUGUUCUGGAUGGUAGAAGUUUUGUAGGCCUCCAUCAAAAGUUUGAGUUAACUGAUUCUGUUUCAAUUGAUGCUCAGACCAAGCCUUUGGCUAAUGGAGAAUUUCUAAGUGGGGAAGUUCCUGCUGAAUUUCACCCUUCUGAGAAUGCAGGUUUACUAAUUUCUGACUCUGGGACUACCUACCAGGAUUUAGUCAUUGAGAAACGAAAUCAAGAGAUAGACAGAAAUACAACUAGCUGUACUUUUCAUGAUAAUCAGCAGGAGAACAGCAUAUACUUGCAUCCCUGCUCUAAUGAUUUGCUGAUGUCUGACCAGAGAACUGGUUCUGAUAGUGAAACAAUGUGGAAUCACAUUGGUAAUUUUCAUGAUAUCCUUAAUGAGUCUUCUCAACUUAACAAAAUUGGUAGUUCUGAGAAAAAUGAAGUGAAAAACUCUUGUUUGUCCGAUAUGCUCAACAAUUCUCAAGAUUCUGAUGCCAGUUCUGGACCAAUAGCAGUUGAAGCCGAAGUCAAAUCAUCGGAGAACCCAGAGGAAGAUCAGUUUCUAUUUAGUGAUUUAGAUGGUUUUGGUAUUAACGAAACCAAGGUUGAGAUGUCAUUCAAAGCGGCUGCUGAAUGUCAAGGUGUAGAGGGGCAAACUUUGAAAGAUAUAAGUGAUGAAGAAUUAUCUGAUGAUUUGAUAGAGGAUUCAAUAAGUCAAACUAGUCCCAUGACAAUUCCCAGAAAUAAAACCUAUCUGGAAGAUUCUCAGAUUUCUCCAAAAUCAUUACCUGCUAUCCCUUCCUACAUUCAUGAUCUUGAAAGAUCCCAUCAACCACACGCACUUAGCAGCUCAUUAGAUGUAAUAUUUGAUAAAUCCAUGGGUGAUUUAUCAAGGUUUAAGUGUUCUAAAGUCUUAACUAUGGAAGAUGGUUCUCAAAGUAAGGUGGUGCAAGACUACUGCACAUAUGAAGCUGUUGCCUCAACGUUAGAUACCAAGAAUGACCACGCACCAAAAGGAAUUGCAAUUCGUCCUGUUAUAGAGCUAUCCCUCUGCCGCCAUUUGCUUUAUGAAGGAAUGGGAUUAGGUGCAGCUUCUCAAGCAUUUAACUCCGAAAAGGUAACUGUGGAUAGAUUUCAUGCUUUGGGCCCAUCACUUCUGAAGAAUGAUAAGCUAGUAGCUAGAAUAGAUGGUCGUUAUGUUCCAUGGAAUUCAGCAGCCCCAAUUGUUUUGCAAAUUAUUCUUUUUGGACAUGAACCUAUAUUUGAACCUCAAGAUGUGAUUUUGGUUGAACGUGUUGAGAAAAAUGGUAAGGAGGAUGCAUCUUCAACGAGAGCUUUGUCUGAGGGAAGCUGGAACCUCUGGCCAUUUGGCUUCAGGAGAUCAAAAACCAUAAAAUAUGUGCAGUCAACCCAUGAAAAUAUCAAUCAAGUGAAGCCCAUUGCUGCUUCAAUGGCCACAAAAAGUCUGAACAGCGACAAUAAUGGCAUGCAGAAACCCAAGAAUAUGAAGAAGAAAGUCCGAUGGCUCACUCCAAGUUCUGAAGAGCUUACUUCCUUGAAUCUUAAAGAAGGACCGAAUGUUGUCACCUUUAGCUUCUCCACUGCAAUGCUUGGACGACAGCAGGUGGAUGCUAGGAUCUAUUUAUGGAAAUGGAAUACCCAAAUAGUUAUCUCAGAUGUUGAUGGAACUAUUACUAGAUCAGAUGUUCUUGGGCAAUUCAUGCCUCUUGUUGGUAUAAAUUGGUUACAGACAGGUGUUGCACAUUUAUUUUCUGCCAUUAAGGGUAAUGGUUAUCAAUUGCUUUUUCUCAGUGCUCGAGCUAUUUCUCAGGCAUAUUUAACGAGGCAGUUCCUUCUCAAUCUUAAACAGGAUGGGAAAGAGCUUCCACUUGGUCCAGUCGUCAUGUCUCCUGAUGGUCUCUUCCCUUCACUUUAUAGAGAAGUUAUCCGAAGGGCUCCCCAUGAAUUCAAGAUUUCGUGUCUUGAGGCUAUCAAGGCAUUAUUUCCUAUAGACUGCAACCCAUUCUAUGCUGGUUUUGGCAAUAGAGAUACUGAUGAGGUUAGCUAUCUUAAAGUUGGUAUUCCUCGGGGAAAGAUCUUCAUCAUUAAUCCCAAGGGUGAAGUCGCAGUGAACCGCAGAGUUGAUACAAAAUCAUAUACUUCACUUCAUGCUCUUGUAAAUGGCAUGUUUCCUCCAAUGUCCUCUAGGGAACAGGAGGAUUUCAAUUCAUGGAACUUCUGGAAAAUGCCUCUCCCGGAGAUUGCUAUCUGAACCUAGUGUUACCCUGGGGACCAGGCAAAAAAAUGCGGAACUGUUGCCAUGAGCAAGCAUAAUUACAAUCUGGACUUUCCAUGGUGAACUGCUCGGUGAAUCGGCCAUUGUAUAUAUUGAUUAAAUUGGAGGAGCCGAGUCUUCUUUCCUUUCUCCAUUAAUUUGUAUAGUUCUUUACUACGAGCCCGUGCCAGCUUUGCCUGUUUAUAGUAGUUCUUGUUUUUCCAUUCUUGAUUAUUAAUAUAUUCCCCAUCCUCUGCAUAAAAAAAGCUUUGGUGCUUCUUUGUGCUUAUUCCACAAACUAGAACAGAUAAUUCUACGCUUAAUUGUGUACCAAGCUUUCUUAUGAAUGAUCAAUUUCGGAAUAUGGAAGCAUGACACAUUUCAUCCACUAAUAAUGAUAUUCUUUUUUUUUUU